GCAGACGGGCCCCGCGGCUCUUCACAGCCCGGCUCCGAAGCCGCGGACGGUUGCUAUGGAGACGGGCAGCCACCACGGAAAGAGUUGCAGUUUCCCUCCACUGGACAUCCCGCCGAAUUAGUUGGUUGCGUUCAAACCACACGGAGCGGCCGACUACUCGCCCUGCUGGCGUCGGCUAACAGGCUGGUCCCCGAGCCCUAGCCCGGCCCAUCGCCAUCGCUGCAGGGAAACACUGCUUUUCCUAAGAAGUUAUCAAAGAAGAUGGAUAAGAAAAGUACUUCAGUUUUCAAUUCAGACACAGACCUGAAACCUGGCCCUCUGCCACCUUGUGUGAACCCUGGCAAUCCCGUGUUUUCCUGUAUGUUGGACCCAAAGACCCUCUGUACAGCGACAUCUCUAUCUGAGCCUCAGAUGAUUAUGUAUAAAACCAGCGCAGGCCACUGUGGUGCAUUCUCUCCUCUGCCGCAGUUCCUCCCCUGCAACUACAAGCCCAAGGAGCAGGCGUUUUCCAGCUUCAUCAGAGCCACAGGCUUCUAUCAGAACAACAGUCUGAACACCGGGCCUGACCGAAGCCGAACCAUUGACUGUCCUAGUUUUCAACACACUCUGUGAAGAUGUGCUACUCAAGAAAGUAGGUAUUAAAUGUACGACUAAAGUAGCUAAUUUGUGAUAUGAAAAGAUUAAAAUAAAAAGUACUUGAGUACAUAUUUUUAAGCUCUCUUUAAGAAAUAAAACUUUUUAACUGAUAA